GGGAGGGUGGCCGAAAACUAAGAGAGGAGAGCGAGAGACGAGGAAAGGAACAGAAAACGUUCACAACUGCAUCACCUCAUCAUCUGUUUGUACUGUUUGUCAACUCUUCUUUUACCAUGGCUACAACAUCCCAGGAUUUAGAGUAAGGAGGAAACAAAAACAGAGUGUGAGAGAGAAAGAGAGAAAGAGAGGAGAGAGAAAAAGAAAAAGCAAGAAUUCUUUGCUUCUAAGUCAGAAAGGAAGAGUGAGAGUGAAAGGAGAGAGAGGAAAGGUGGGCGAGAGGAGGAGUAGGCACCCUUUCCUUGAAGAAGUAAGAGUGCAAGGGGAAAAGGAGAGAGGAGGAAGGAGGGAGCGCACUCUACUGUGUGGACAUGGGGUUGUAUGCUGUUCUGUUGAUCUGUCUAUCCCAGGCACAGUUUGGGAGAAUUUGGGCGCAGGAGCGAACAGAUGAUACGUCACUGCGGAUAGAUGGGGGCUCGUCUGAGAUGGGCAGGAUCUACAGAGACCAGCAGCCCUCCAUCAAACAUGGUCAGAACCGAGCGGUACGCAACGCACUGGAGGGAGGACUGGACAUCGAUACCCUGCCCGACAACAUAACCCAUGUGGUGGAGGACUCUCAGAGGUACUACAGGUGGAGGAGUUACGGGCCAGGGGACAGACGGAUGGAGGAACUCUGGGUAGACCUAAGCUCUGUGCAACAGAGCGAAGUCAGAGUGCACGGCAUCCUGUCCAACACACACCGGCAGGCAGCGCGUGUGGCUCUCUCCUUUGACUUCCCCUUCUAUGGACACUACCUGAGACAAAUCACCAUAGCAACAGGAGGGUUCAUCUUCACGGGGGAGAUCACUCAUCGCAUGCUGACAGCCACACAGUACAUCGCCCCCCUCAUGGCCAACUUUGACCCCAGUUUUUCAAAAAACUCAACAGUGCGGUACAUGGACAAUGGGGAGGUGUUUGUGGUGCAAUGGGACAAGGUGCGGCUUCAGGGGCGCGAGGCAGAGGGAACCUUCACCUUCCAGGCUGCUCUCCAUAACAAUGGAACGAUCGCGUUCAACUACAGAGAGGUUCCUUUGCCAGUAGAGAAGAUCAACUCCACUGAACACCCAGUGAAGGUGGGCCUGUCUGACGCGUUCAUGGCCCUCCUCCCCUCUCCACAGUCCUCAGACGCAAGACGGCGGACCAUCUAUGAGUACCAUAGAGUAGAGAUUGACACCACCAAGAUCAUCAAUCACUCUGCCUUUGAGUUCACUCCAUUGCCCACAUGUCUCCAACACACCACCUGUGAACUCUGUCUCAUAUCCAACCUGACAAAUGGCUGUGGUUGGUGCAACACACUGCAAAGAUGCUCCGAUGGAAUUGAUCGUCACAGACAGGAGUGGCUCGACUACAACUGUCCUGAAGAGGCAAAAGAGGGCACUUGUGAAGACUACACUCAGGGUGGCCCUGAGGGUUCCACGGGGUCCUUCAACCACUCGGCCCCAGAGCCCACGCCCUCCCCUGCAGUGCUCUCAGAUAUCCCCGUCACUGAGGACUUGCAAACAGGUCCUCCGCACCAGGAACGGACAGAGCACACUGCGAUUAUUGCAGGUGUGGUGGCAGCCCUCAUUCUGCUGGUAGCCUUAACCCUUUUGGCUGUCUACUAUAUCAACACACACCCCACUGUUGCUCCUCCAUUCUACCUCAUGCAGCGACACACCAAUAACUACUGGCCAUCUAUGAAGUUCCGCAACCAGAGCUGUCACUCCACCUAUGCUGAGGUGGAGCUUGGGGGUCACGAUAAGGAGGGCUUCAUUGAGGCCGAACAGUGCUGCUAAGUAGGCUGGACUUCCGGGGCAAAGUUGGACAAGAGAGUGAGCGCCAUUUUGGGGAUUAAAAAAGGAACUAGAGGGGACAGAAAUGCAAAACUUCCCUUAUUCCUACUAUGGUGGACAAUGUGUAACUGCUUGUAGAGAACAGUCCUUUGUCUGUUUUUUCUGUGUCUCUCGCUCUUCGCCUGUCCAACAUGCAGCAGCUGUCUAUGGCCCUGUUUGAGUACUCUAAUAAUAUAUUCUUCCUCCUUCCCUUCCUUGAGGUAAGCACAAAUCUAGCAUUAUUUGAUAGGUGAGCAAGAAGUCCACUACAUUGAUUUCACCAAUCAUAUCAUAUCAGAUCAGCGAUAACUUCGAGGAAGGAGGGCCUACAGUGCCUUCGGAAAGUAUUCAGACCCCUUGGCUUUUUCCACAUUUUGUUACGG